AUGUCUCCCUCCAUGCACUUCGCCGUGCUUGCUCUGGCCUUGACUGGCUUGGUGCACGCAGAUGCUAUGUAUACGAAAAACUCUCCAGUUCUUCAGGUGACUGCAAAGACUUACGACUCUUUGAUUGCCCAGUCCAAUCACACGUCGAUCGUCGAGUUCUACGCUCCCUGGUGCGGUCACUGUCAAAACCUGAAGCCCGCGUACGAGAAAGCUGCAAAGAAUCUUGCUGCACUUGCUAAAGUCGCUGCCGUCAAUUGCGACGACGAUGCAAACAAGCAGUUCUGUGGACAAAUGGGUGUUCAGGGCUUCCCGACGCUGAAAAUCGUAAAACCAGGAAAGAAGCCCGGCCGGCCGAUUGUGGAAGAUUACAACGGGCCACGAACCUCCAAAGCUAUCGUCGAUGCCGUCAAAGACAAGAUUCCAAACCACGUAAAGAGGUUGCAAGGGAAUGCUCUUGAUACAUGGUUAAGCAACCAGUCCCCUCCGGCAAAAGCCAUUGUUUUCUCCGACAAAGGAACCACAAGCCCGCUAGUCAAGAGCUUGGCCAUUGAUUUCCUGGGAAAGAUCGCAUUCGCUCAAGUCAGGGACAAAGCUACUGCCGAGAAGAAUGGUGUCACCGAGCUCCCAUCGAUUCUCUUGGUGUCGGCUCCCGGGCAAACGCCGAUUCCAUAUAAGGGCGAGAUCAAUCGAGACUCACUGUUGGCUUUCUUCAGCCAAAUCGCAACACCUAAUCCAGAUCCAGCGCCUAAGGGUGCAAAGUCGUCAAAAUCACACAAGUCAUCCUCCCAGAAAGAGAGUCAAGCAUCCUCCUCUAUUUCGGCCGAAUUCUCCAGAAGUUCUGAAGCCCACAGAUCCUCUGAUUUCGACGAUUACCUGGCCCAUUCAGGAACUGUAGUUGAAGACGACACGCCCACUGAGUCACCCCUUCCUAUUGUCAAGCAAGAAGAAAAACCUGCUGUCAUCCCGGACGCAGCCCCUCCUGUCCCAAUCGUCGCGACGUUGGCGGAGCUAGAAGCUGCCUGCUUGACACCAAAAAGCCAUAUCUGCUUGUUGGUUUUACUCCCUUCCUUGUCGGGCCCGGAAUCAGUCUUACCCCAGUCCGCAACAACUGCACUGGCAUCCUUGGCCGAAAUUGCGGACAAGUAUCAGAAACGCAAAGCCAGCAUCAUACCCAUCUAUGCUGUUCCGGGCGAGGUGCAGAACUCGAGUGGGAUUAGACAAGAUCUCGGCCUUGAUCCACAGGAAAGGCUGGAGAUCAUUGCAAUAAACAUGAAGAGAGGCUGGUGGAGACAGUAUUCACAUGAAGCCUACGAUGUGCGGGAUCUAGAAGACUUCAUCGAUGCCAUCAAACUCGGAGAAGGGUCUAAGUCAAAAAUCCCGCCAGGUUUCGGAGCAGGGACACGAGACGCUCCAGAGCCAGACCCCGCUGAAGGAGUUGACAGCGUUGCCGAACCAGAACCCGUGGAGACUCCGCAGGUAGAACACGAUGAAACCUCGUCGGCCGAAGCUGUUGACCACGCUGCCGAACCAGAGCCCGUGGAAACUCCCGAGGUAGACCAUGAUGAGCUAUGA